GAACUUUUAACAGCAGGAAAUAAUUCUAAAGAGGGCCAAACCAAAUUGUUAGAACUCCUCACUGCGAAGAGCUGUGCUGCUUGACAAAACUGAGUGGAAUUUGAAGAACCAGAAUGGAUCUAACGGAACAGAUCAGUCAGCUGGAAGCAGACUUGCAGGAGCUUAGUUCCCUCCUGGAGAAGUCUGAGAGGAAAAGGGUGCAGGAGCUGCUGAAACAGGAGCAGAGGAAAGUGGAAAAAGAGCUUGCAACGAAACGACAUCAGCAGGAGCAGCAGGCUAAGAGAGAAGCCGAUCCAACAGCAGGCUCUAAAGCACCAUACACAACUAAAAUCACCAACUAUGCAUGGGACCAGUCAGACAAAUUUGUUAAAAUUUACCUGGAUUUGAAAGGUGUUGACAAAAUCCCAGCAGAAAAUGUUGAAGUCAACUUCACUGAAAGGUCUUUCUCUGUUUUGGUAAAGAAUCUAAAUGGGAAAAAUCACCAGAUGUCAGUGCUCAACUUGUUACAUCCAAUUGAUGAAAAGGACAGCUACAAAAAGAUCAAAACAGACAUGGUCUUGAUCAUGUGUAAGAAACAGGCCACAAAGAAGUGGGACUGUCUAACAGCAGUGGAAAAGCAGUCCAAAGAAAAAGAUAAACCCAGUGCUGAGGAUAAUGCAGACCCAGGUGAUGGCUUAAUGAAAAUGCUGAAAAAGAUUUACGAAGAAGGAGAUGACGAGAUGAAGAGAACCAUCAACAAAGCUUGGUCAGAGUCCCAGGAGAAGAAGUUUCGAGGAGAGGAAACGAUGGACAUUUAAAUUUUGCAGUUUUUGUUUCGAUCUUGAGUUUAAAAGUUAGAGUUAAAGGAUCAUAUACCUAAUGUGAUGCAAACAUGGAAACAUUUUUGUCUGGCACCUGAAGUUAUUAUGGGCAGAAAGGAGUUCUGUCCACCAGAUGGCGCUAAAAUCAAACCUAUCAUCUUUUGGUUUAAGAUCUGAAGUAAUGGAAAUGUAAUGUUAGAUCAGAUAUCAAAGACGUUCCAUCUUGUUCCUAAAGGGUUUUUCACAUAUGUAAAUGUACUUUUUAUUUUAUGGUAAUUCUAUAAAUGGAUCAAAUGGGUUUCAAAGACACUGAUAAGCUUUUAUUGCCAUAAUCCAAAUUAUUGCAUGAGUCUGAUAAUUGUUGUAUGUUUACACAUCAUGCUUCCACAAAUUGGUAAUGUGACCUGCAGGAUUUCCACCAUAGUCUGUAUGUAUGGUAGCAAUAGUUUCAUUUUCAAUGGAAAAUUGAUCUCCUAUACUGCUGAAAUGCAUUCCUCCAACUGAAGUUGUUUUUCCAAUAUUGAUUUGUUCCAAAACUAUUAACAAAUAUACCAGCUAAGAUGAACUUUGUCUGUUUUUGUUACUUCUACAUCCCAAAAUCUUUAUGUAAUAAUCAGUGGUCAAUUAUACUAAUAUAUAUUUAUUCUUUUGAAAUUAUUUUAUGCUAAAACAUCAGUGUCAUUUUACUUUUCUCCCAAAAACGAAAACAACCAAUAAAAUACUUUAAAAC